UCACAAUGUAAACACAACACUCUCCUUUUUACCACUUUACCCCUCACUCCUCCCAGGCGAUAAAUGGGAUUUUUUAAGAGAAAGAAAAGAAAAAAGAAAAACAGCCUUUACUAUUUUCCGGGAAAGUUUAGACAAUGUCUGGGAAAAUCGGAGGGGCUUGAAGCUUCGGUCGGAGUUGGAACCCUCUCCGAUCGUGAGCUUUUUUCAAGUGGACUUUCCAGCACCGUUUCUGAGGGAUUUUACGAGCACGAGAUCUCGAAACCUUGUAGAGAUACAGUUGCUUCUAUCACUCCAAAUUGCAUUGCAAGACUUCAACUUGAGCAGUGAAGUAAAUAGAGCUGAACUGAGCUGGAUGGAUUGUGCUCUUAAGUGUGUUGCGUUGCUGGUGCUCCUCGGAUGUGCUUUUUCAAAAAUAAGUGCCUCACUUGUCAAAGAUGACUAUGAGCAUUGCAAGAAUACCGUCAACAAGUGGGCUUCUUCUUCCCCUGAUUUAGAAGUCAAAGAAGAAAAACAUAGACUACAGGAUUUGCUAUUUUUCCUUCAUGUUCCGAGAACGGGUGGGCGAACAUAUUUCCAUUGUUUCUUGAGAAAGUUGUAUUCGAGCUCUUUGGAAUGUCCCCGUUCAUAUGAUAAGUUGCGGUUUGAUCCGAGCAAACACAAUUGCAGGUUAUUGGUUACUCAUGAUGACUACAGCAUGAUGUCGAGACUUCCCAUGGAAAAAACUUCGGUGGUGACAAUACUGAGGAACCCAAUUGACCGCGUCUUUAGCACUUACGAAUUUUCUAUAGAGGUAGCAGCAAGGUUUCUGGUGCAUCCUAACCUAACAUCCGUUGCACGAAUGGCUGGACGAUUACGUUCGAAGCAGGGUGGGGUAAGCACAUUGGAUAUUUGGCCGUGGAAGUAUUUGGUUCCCUGGAUGAGAGAGGACCUAUUCGCUCGGAGAGAUGCCAGAGAGCUUCAGGGACUUUACAGUAGAAGUAAUGACUCUUAUAAUAUGGAACACACGGUAAUGCCAUUACAUGAAUACAUUAAUGAUCCUAUAGCUCGGGAUAUCAUUCACAAUGGAGCCACAUUCCAGAUUGCAGGGCUCACAAACAACUCUUAUCUAGCUGAGGCGCAUGAAGUGCGUCGGUGUGUACUGAAGCAUCAAACUCUAGGUGAAUACGUGCUUGAAGUUGCUAAGAAGAGGUUGGAUAAUAUGCUGUAUGUUGGACUUACUGAUGACCACAGAGAAUCGGCAACAAUGUUCGCAAAUGUGGUUGGUGCUCAGGUGAUAUCCCAGAAAAUAGCAUCCAAUUACAGCAAGAAUCCUGUGGAUGAUGACAUAUCAGAAGAGAGCUCAUCUCCAGAAUAUCACCAGAAUAGCAGCACAGACCAAAAUGCAAGUAAAAUUUCUGCUGCUCAAAUCAUCAAUGCAAAAAAUGAACAUAUGACUGUGGGAAGACUUAUGGAAGCGUACGAAACUUGUAUUUCUAGCUUACGAAGGACCCAAAAACAACGACGUACUGCUUCUUUGAAGAGAAUCUCCCCAGCGAACUUUAGUAAGGAGGCCCGUCUUGAUGUUCCUGAAGUGGUGCUCCAGCAGAUCAAAUCACUUAACAUCUUAGAUAUGGAACUCUACAGAUAUGCCCAGUCCAGCUUCUCGAAGCAACAUAAACAAAUGAUGCAGCAACUCAAAUUGCAGGAGAAGGACAUCAAGUUUGAUGACCCAUACAGUGCGGCCUCCAGGAACUUCCUUUUGUUCGCUAUCUCCAUAAUCUUACUCCUUUUGUUCAUUGGAUUAUUUGUAAAAAGAAGAAGAACGUUGAAACUCAAACUAUAAUUGUGAUUUAAUUUUAGUUCUAGGCAUACAGGAAGUUGAAGGAUAGAAAGUGACAAUCAGUUCAGCAUUUAGUGUCAGGUGUCGAUUCCCUUAAAUUAAAGGCCAGAUUUUGUGCAUUUUUGUAGAGAUGGGCACUCAUGGAAGGUGAAAGUAAUAUGGUUUGUUUGCAGAAA